AGUCCAUAACGCCCACACCAAAAUACGGAAGAAAAAAAAAAGUGAAAAAAGCCAUGAACACCCAACACCUCGUCUCUCUCGUCUUACCAAUAUUACUCUUCCAACUCCAACCAACCCCAACCUUCGGAGACCCAACUCCAGCUCCCACUCCCACACCCAAAACCAACGGCACAGAAUUCAUCCGCACGAGCUGCGGCACAACGUUGUACCCCGACCUCUGCUACCACUCCCUGUCCCGUUACGCCAGCGCCGUACAACAAAGCCCCGGUCAGCUCGCCAAAGUCGCCAUAGGCGUGACUCUCUCCAAGGCUCGCCGCAUGGCUACCUACGUCUCUACUUUGAUUCGCCAGGCCGAGUAUGGAACGGACCGCAGAGCCGCCGCGGCUCUGCACGACUGCUUCACCAAUUUCGGCGACGCGGUCGACGAGAUCCGCGGCUCGCUGAAGCAGAUGGGUCAGCUUGGAGCCGCGGGUUUGGGAGUGGACUCGUUUAGGUUCCAAAUGAGCAACGUGCAGACGUGGAUGAGCGCCGCCUUGACCGACGAGGACACCUGUACGGAUGGGUUUGAAGAUGUGGCCGAUGGGUCGUUGAAGAGUGACGUGUGUGAUCGGGUGACGAAGGUACAUAAAAUCACGAGUAAUGCGCUUGCUUUGGUGAACAGCUAUGUUGCCAAGGGGACACCUUGAUGUAUAGUCAUAUAGAUGAUUAGUGUAAGAUUAAGAUAUAACAUGAUUAAUGUAAGAGUGAGAGUAAGUUUUGUGUAUAUUUUGGGCCUUUUGCUUUUAUGUUUUUUUGUAUUAAUUUGGAGUGUGUUUGUUUGUUCCUCUCUCGGGAAUGAAAGAAAGAGAAGAAAUGUUGUUUUUUUU